AUGAACACCCGGUCUGGACGAAAGCUCACCAAGAAAGGAGAGGCGAGACUUCCACCGUUGAGUCCAUCGGCUGUUGCCUCUUCACAACCUCCUCCUCCUCACCUAUUGAGCCCGGAUAAUAGGUCAGUGAGAAGUGUCAGUAGCACUGGAAGCAAGAGGCCAGGGCUGGCCGGUCAUAUCCAAAAGCAACUGGCAAUUGAUAUUGAAACACAAAUCCCUGGGGGGAUCUCAGCUUUUCUUGCAAAAACGCCCAAGACACAGCUGCUGGCUCCUUUGUUAGAUCGGCGUGCUGCGUUAGACCACGAGGCAGGUCGCCAACCCUUGUACGGAGAAAGAGGUGAUAAGAUCAGAGCGACUGUUGGGAAAUACGUUGAUCGUUGGAAGAACCUCCCCCGUGACGAGUAUCGCGAGAAGAUUCUUGACAAGUGGAAUAUUGCCCCCGCGAAGAAGAUCACGAAAAAACAGCUUGAAUCAGCCAAGAAGGAACCAUCAAGAGCGACAGCUGCAAAGACCCCACAGAAAGCAGCCGUAUCUCUUGAUUUUGAAUCCUACAGGGACAAGGACGACUCGUCGAUCUCGUCAGGUGAAGAGGACUCUGGUGGUUUUCAUAUCAAAGAGAUAAGGACAGUGGCAAAGGUGACAAGUGGAACACUGCAGUUUCCAGCUGAGAAGACUUCUGAGGUGCCAGCAUUGAUCAUUGAUUCAGACAUCAACACGGAAACAAUGUCGGUCGCGGGUGCAACUGGGAGUUUGUACUCGAAUUCGAGUGCUGUUAAGCUUCCACAACCACAACCACCAAAGUCGAAUCCAUCCCUGCCUGCUGCUGAUCCACGGCAACAACCUCUUCCAGGUGGUGGUGACAACGACGAUGGCGGCAGUGAUUCUUCCAGCUCAAAGAACUACUUUGAUUACGAUUUUGAGUUCACGAGUGAACAAGAUGAAGAUGCAGCUUGGAUCGAUCAAAAGAUCGAAGAAUUGAAUCAGGAUCAUGGUGAUGCUUCGAGUUUUCUUUCCAGUCGUCGCCUUCAAAGCCGAUUGCGUCAAGAAGACGAAGCAGCGAGAGAGCGGCAAGCGUCCUCUGGGGAAGAUUUAGCGCAACACGUUGAAGUCGAGAAUGCAAUCAUGAGUGAUGAGGGUGGCCACAACAAAAGAUCAGCAUCGUCUUUAGUUGCGGCAUCCGAAAAGGAAGGGCUCUUGAAGUGGAACCGAGUGGACAAUGACAACAAUGGUGGUGUUGGUGGCGGCAGCGGCGACUACUAA